GCGGAGCUUGUGUGGGGACGGCCGGAGCGUGUCCCAAGCCUCCGUCUCCUAGGCCAGAGUCGUGAGGAAGGGAGCGAAAGCAGCUGCGAGGCCGCGGGUCCUCGCCUGGUGUCCUGAGCCGCCGCCAUGGGCAUCAAGUUUUUAGAAGUUAUCAAACCUUUCUGUGCAGUUCUACCAGAAAUUCAGAAGCCUGAAAGGAAAAUUCAGUUUAGAGAGAAGGUACUAUGGACAGCUAUAACACUCUUCAUUUUCUUAGUGUGCUGUCAGAUUCCACUGUUUGGGAUCAUGUCAUCGGAUUCUGCAGAUCCCUUCUACUGGAUGAGAGUUAUUCUUGCAUCCAACAGAGGAACAUUGAUGGAAUUGGGUAUUUCCCCAAUUGUAACAUCUGGUUUGAUCAUGCAGUUGUUAGCUGGAGCCAAAAUCAUUGAAGUUGGAGAUACACCCAAAGAUAGAGCUCUGUUCAAUGGAGCCCAGAAACUAUUUGGUAUGAUCAUUACCAUUGGGCAAGCCAUUGUGUAUGUCAUGACGGGGAUGUACGGGGACCCUGCAGAAAUGGGUGCUGGGAUCUGCCUCCUUAUCAUUAUACAGUUGUUUGUUGCUGGUUUGAUUGUGCUGCUGUUAGAUGAGCUGCUACAGAAGGGUUACGGCUUGGGGUCUGGUAUUUCCCUCUUUAUUGCCACCAACAUCUGUGAAACCAUUGUCUGGAAGGCCUUUAGUCCCACUACCAUUAACACUGGCAGAGGUACGGAGUUUGAAGGUGCAGUCAUAGCUCUAUUUCAUUUGUUGGCCACCAGGACAGACAAAGUUCGAGCCUUGAGGGAGGCCUUCUAUCGGCAGAACCUCCCCAAUCUCAUGAAUCUCAUCGCCACAGUUUUCGUGUUUGCUGUUGUCAUAUAUUUUCAGGGGUUUCGUGUGGACUUGCCCAUUAAGUCGGCCCGGUAUCGCGGACAAUACAGUAGCUAUCCCAUCAAGCUCUUCUACACAUCGAAUAUUCCCAUAAUUCUCCAGUCUGCCCUAGUGUCAAACUUGUAUGUCAUUUCCCAGAUGCUGUCUGUUCGAUUUAGUGGCAACUUCUUAGUAAACUUACUAGGACAGUGGGCCGAUGUCAGUGGGGGAGGACCUGCUCGUUCUUACCCUGUUGGAGGCCUCUGCUACUACCUGUCUCCUCCCGAGUCCAUGGGUGCCAUAUUUGAGGAUCCUGUCCACGUAGUUGUAUAUAUCAUCUUCAUGUUGGGAUCAUGUGCAUUCUUUUCUAAGACAUGGAUAGAAGUGUCUGGUUCGUCAGCCAAAGAUGUGGCUAAGCAGCUGAAAGAGCAGCAGAUGGUGAUGAGAGGCCACAGAGACACCUCCAUGGUCCACGAGCUGAACAGGUACAUCCCCACAGCAGCUGCCUUUGGGGGCUUGUGCAUUGGUGCCCUGUCGGUAUUAGCAGACUUCCUUGGGGCCAUUGGCUCUGGCACUGGGAUUCUACUUGCAGUCACUAUUAUUUAUCAGUAUUUUGAAAUAUUUGUUAAGGAACAGGCUGAAGUUGGAGGGAUGGGUGCUUUGUUUUUCUAAAUGUUCAUAUAUUUCUUUGCGUGUGUGAAAGGGAAAAUAUUUUGACAUACUGUUUCUGUCAAAUAAUGCGGAUUCCCUUUUUUUCCCUCAGUCUGUUGUUUUUAGUGCUAAUUGUCCCAUUUCUGAAAUGGGCACCAAGCUAAGCCUGUGUGCAGCAUUAGUACCAG